AUGAUGGACAAGAGCCUGCACAACAAGGUCGAGAGGCUACUCUCCCUAGUGGAAGCUCAGCUGGAGCUCUCCAGACAAGCCCAAUGUGAUGAGCAUCUAUGCCAUGCUCACCUGAGUGAAGAGGAUACAUUGGUGUCAUUCACUGAGUUGAACAAACCACCCAGCAUCAAUUAUGAGAAGUAUGUGUCCCCCACCAGGCCUAGAUACUUCAAGCCCAGGGUGGACCCAUACAACCAGCCUAGGACAGAUCCUUAUGGCCUGGAGCAAGAGGAUGAUGCUAGCAUGCUAGGAGCCAAAGCCUGGUUCAAGUUCAACCAGGUCUAUGAGCAAGCACACAUGAUCAAUCACAUGGGUGCCCAAUUGGAAGGGAAUGCCUGCAAAUGGUGGACAUCGAAGCUCUGCAUUGACAGAGCACAAGAAGGAUGGCUGUUCCAUGAUUGGCACUACUUUACUGAGCACUUGGCAGAACAGUUCAAUCCUUGUAACACUAGAAUGGAGGCCUACAACAAGCUGUUGGCCCUCUGCCUCACUAGUGAUGCACCAGGCACUGCCACAUGCCACAUCAAAUGUUUCAGAAACUUGGAAGGGCAAGUCAAUCUAGAUGACAAUAAGUUAGUCAUCAAUCUGUUCAGGGGCAGUCUCACACACAGUCUGCAAGAGAAGUUUGAGAGGAACCCACCCAUGAAAAGGUGGGAGUGGUAUCGAGAAGUUGAGGAGAUCAACCAGCAGAGGAUGCUAUUACAGCAGUCUGCUGCUAGGCACCCAAGUGCUGCUCCACCAUGA